CAUCAGUGUAGUGUUGGAGGUGAGAGGGAAAGGUCGUGCGCCUCCUUCUGCCACGACCAUCACUACGACCCCUACUACUACUACUACCACUACCACUACUACUACUACUACCACUACUACUACUACUACUACUACUAUUACUACUACUACUACUACUAAUAUAUCUUAACAUUUCUUAAUUGUAUAACUUAAGAUUACUACUACUACUACUACUACUACUACUACUACUACUACUACUACUACUACUACUACUACUACUACAACUACUACUACUUAUAGGAUAAAAAAAAGUGCACUGGGAUUAGACUGAAGUGAAAUUGAUGGACUGGUGGAGGAAGGCAAGAUGGAGGUGGAGGACGCUCGUGGUGGUGGUGGUGGUGGUGCUGCUGGCGUGUGUGCGGGGGGAGACGCGCGCCCGUUUGGUGGAGAAUGGAUACGAGGGCGUGGUGGUUGGCGUGUCACAGAGAGUGGAGGAGAAGGACGGCCCGGCACUGGUGGAGGCUCUGAAGCAAACACUAACGGAGGCAUCACGGAGACUGUUCCUGGCCACUAACAAGCGUGCAUACUUCAGAAACGUGACAAUUUUGGUCCCGCGUGAAUGGAGAACUGUAAACGUGACAAACCGUGACGGAAGUGAAAAUUUUGAGGACAGUGACAUCAAGGUGGACACAGCCAACCCAGCGUACGGUGACCAGCCUUACACAGAGCAGGUGGGAGGCUGUGGUGAGGCGGGCCAGCACAUACAUCUUACCACUCCUUAUCUCCUGGAUGACGUGAAGGCGCGCGGCUGGGGCUCUCGAGGUAAGGUGUUGCUGCAGGAGUGGGCCAAGUACCGCUGGGGUGUGUUUGAUGAGCUGGGCUACGCUGAUGACCCAGUGUUCCCUCUGUUCUAUACCUCAGACCGCCAGCUUCUCCCCACUCUAUGCUCUGAUCGUCAUGUGUUGGGACGCUUCAUAGACAAGUCGGGAAGUAGUGCGUGCCGGAACUUGCCCACUGGAGAACCGGACGCGGAUUGCCGUUUCAUACCGUAUCCGCACCAGACUGCCACCUCCAGCCUCAUGUCAGACCAGGCCAUACAGAGCAGCGAGAUAAAGCAUUUCUGUGGGAGUGGAGGCCGCCCACACAACUCUGAGGCGCCCACCAAACACAACUCCUACUGCCACGGCCGCUCUGUUUGGGAUGUCAUUUUGGAUCAUAGUGAUUUUAAGGAUGAGGUCAACCCGCCUUCAGACCACUUCGAGAACCCAGCCUUCAGCGUGGUCCAGCAGGCGGAUGCAACCUACGCAAUGGUGCUUGAUUACUCUGGGUCAAUGAACAACCACUACAGGGUGCACAAGCUGAGGCGGAUAGCUAGGCGGUGGUUGCUCUAUGAGGUGGCUACAGGGAGCUCCGUGGCCAUUGUCAACUUCAACAAGAAAGCUAGUCUCAUCCACCCUAUGAUGAACGUGACUGACAGAGCUUCGCGGGAAGAGCUGGCAAACUCGAUACAGACCAAGGCAGACGGAGGAACCAGUAUAGGGGCUGGUCUUGCGGUGGCGAAGCGGGUACUCAAUAACAGUGCUAAUUCAGUAAUCCUUCUCAUCACGGACGGGGAGGAGAACGAAAACCCGAGAAUACAUGAUGUUAUUGAUGAAGUAGUGAAAAGUGGUGCUCGCGUGGUGACUGUGGCCUUCGGAGAAGAGGCGGACUUGCAACUGGAAAAGGUGGCGCAGUUUACGAACGGCAAAACUUUCACGGUGCUAGACAUUGAUGAAGGGCAAAUGCUUGAAGACGCUUUCAUUGGUGCCCUUACCUUCCAACCCCCACAGCCAGACACGUUCGUUGAGAUUGACGAGACGGUGUACAAAGAUGGCGGUCGAGAGGCAUCAUCCACCUUCCAUGUUGACUUCACUGUGGGAAGGAACCUGACAUUGAUGCUGGAGACUGGAGCACAGGUCUCUAGUUCGUCGCCCAGCCUGACCAACCCGCAGAUCACGUCAGCGCCGGCUCUGAUUGGGCCUGAUGGAACAGUGUACAGAAACGCUCGCUUUGAUCCAGACACUUCCACUUGGCUCCUGGUUGUGCCCUUAGCUGAGACCGGGCUGUGGCAGUGGAAAGUAGGCCUAUCUGGAGAAAGAAACACAUCGGUCAGAGCAAGAAUAACCAGCCUACCUCGAGACACCACUGUACAGCCUAUCACCACAAAGGCAUGGGUGAGCGCUGGGCCGAAGGAAGUUGACGCCUCGAAGGACAAAGUAGUGAUUUUUGCUAAGGUGAUGCAAGGAAGCAGCCCCGUGGUGAAUGCUGACGUCAGGGCUUUCGUCACACCGCCUCACGAACACGAGCCUUCACAAGAGUACAUCCUGCGUGACAAUGGACAGGGGGCGGACGUGACGGCUGGAGAUGGCAUUUACUCCCACUACAUGACCAGCUACACCUCCCCGGGCCGCUACAUCGUCAGAGCUCAGGUGACGGAUGGGGUACAGCAGUCAUCAACAACGGCGCCUCUCAAAGAAGAAGAAGAAGAAGGAGGUGGAGGAGGAGGAGGAGGAGGAGGAGGAGGAAGAGGAGGAAGAGGAAGAGGAGAUGGAUGAAGACUAUGUUCGCUAUUUUCUUGAGCGUGACGUGUGCUGCGGUAGUGUAAUCCAUGUAUCACGUGACGCCCCGCCCACAGGAUCAUUUCAGAGGAGCGACAGUGCUGGGUCCUUCAAGGUG